AUGAUAUUAUUCAAGUCAUCAUCACUAUUAGUACUUUUGCUACUACUAACAAUCACAUCACUAGCAAACAUACCAACAACGAAUGCCCAAUGUUACGAGCAUAAUCCAUUAAAAAUUUCCGAUAAAGAACUUGUAGAAUGUCCUUUAGUUGACGAUGGCGAUGACGAAGAAUCGUUAAAAAAACGACAAAAUACUUCAUCUAAUAGCACGCAAAUGUUUCAAAUCAAAUUGACUUGUGGAAUAAGUGAUAGGGCUAUAUGUGCAAAAGUUAAUACAGCAUUUGCGGCAGCUGGCACAAUAAUUAGUGCUACUCUGAACUUAAAGGAGCCGGUCACCGUUAAUGCCACAUUUAUAGAUUUCUGUAAAUCGAUGGGUGAUUGCGGUAAUUCUGGAUUUCUGACAUUAGGGGCAGCACCAGCACGAACAAUACCCAUGCAAGAUUUAGAUGGAAAACAAAGAUUCUAUCCACAAGCACUAGUGAAACAAUUUGGUUAUACAACGCAUUCUUCUUACAGUGCAUAUGACAUCGUUGCAAUGUUUAAUUCUGUAGCAAAUUUCUGGUUUGACGGAGACCCACCAAUCAGAACCAGUCAAUCAGACUUCUUAUUUGUAAUUGUACACGAACUAGUUCACGGUCUCGGAUUCACAUCAAGUUGGGAUGACUAUCUAAACGAUGUUCCAGAAGCAUUAACUCCCGAUCUUGGAGGCACCACAAAAGGUUCUAGGCGACAAUAUCAAUUUGUAGAAUACGCGUUCGAUCAGUACAUCGUAGUAAUUCCCCAGAACAAAAAUUUGUCAAUUUACACCGACCAAGAGAAUGUUUUUUCAAAAGGAACCGGUAACAAAUACACAAACAUCGAUGACUUUGCUCAGGGAUUUGUGGACUCACCUCAAUACGCUGUCGCCAAACAGUUGUUUAACUAUGCCACCACGAGCAACUCUUUGGGGUUCAUGCCAAGAGGUACGAAAGAUCCGAAUGAUGCCAUUAUCCUCGAAACUAGUCUUAAUCCGUAUCAACAAGGAUCAAGUAUAAGUCACGUGGAUUAUUCAAAAUACACAAAUACUAGCGAUUUCUUGAUGCGGUAUUUGCAGGAUCGUGGAGUAUCAUUGCAGAAUGCUGUACUUAAUGGUGGAGAUUAUAAGGGCGGUGCGAUCGGGCCUCAAUUAAAAUCAGUUUUCGAAACUUUGGGAUACGCGACACAAGAUAAUCCAAAUCCAUAUCGCCCAUCUCCCCCCUCUCCAAAUUCCAAAACGGAUGAUUCUAGUUCCUCCGACGCUCCUAAAUUCAAUCUAAUUUAUUCCAGCUUGAGAAUGCAAUCGUUAUUAUCGAUAAUAGUGAUGUUCUUUGCUUGGUACAUUACACGUGAUUAG